AGGCGCAUUGCAUGCUGGGAAAGCACGUGUGGUGUAAUUCCAGAGUUGUCGGUCCGAAUUGCUAAGACUUUUCUCAACUUUGGUAUUCUUCAUAUAUAAGCGUUUUUGUGGACGAUUGAAUGAGUUUGUUUCCAAUGUUGCUUCUCUCUGCUUAUGCGCCGCCGCCAUUUUGUUUUGUUUUUUUAUGUCUACGUUGCUGUGCACGCGCGAAGAACAACACUCAAGUUUCUCAUUAUUUCAGUGUUGAAUAUAUUUACUAAGUCAGACACAAGUCCGUAAUUUACCCUAUUGCAGGUGGCUACCAUGUCGUCCAAAAAAAAUGCGAAGGACCAAGAGGGUGCGCCUGCGGAUGAGCGUUUUUCAUGUGUCAAGCGAGACCCUCGCUUCUGGGAGAUGCCCGAGCGCGAGCGAAAGAUCAAGAUCGACAAGCGCUUCACGUCCAUGUUCCACGACGAGCGCUUCAAAGUCAAAUACACGGUGGACAAGCGGGGGCGGCCUGUCGAGCGCUCCACUGCAGAGGACCUCAGACGCUUCUACCAGAUCUCUGAAGAUGAAAAUGAUCAAGAGGAUAAUGACGACGAGGAGGAGGAGGCAGAGAAGCAAGUCAAGAGAGGUGAUGAAGAGGUGGAGGAGGUAGAAGAGGAGGGUGGAGAGUCACAGAACGAGGAGGGCGAGGAGUCCGACUCGGAUUCCGGCGACGACAGCGGUCCGGACUUGGCUCGUGGCAAAGGCAAUGUAGAGACCAGCUCGGAUGAGGACGAGGAAGACGUGGACGGUGUCCUGCAGCGUGAAGAAGCCGAGAUCCAGCAUGACUGGGGUGAACUCUGCAAGGACGCCGCGCGCAGCGAGCAGGUCUGGCGCCGACUGGCCGUGUGCAACGUGGACUGGGACCGCCUGAAGGCCAAAGACCUGUUGGCCAUCCUUAACUCCUUCAAGCCCGAUGGGGGCGCCGUGCUGUCCGUCAAGAUUUACCCGUCCGAGUUUGGCAAGGAGCGGCUCAGGAUGGAGGAGUCCCAGGGACCACUGGAGCUCAAGGCGCUGCCCGAUGACUCGGAGGACGACACCGAAGACGACAGGUUUUUCCGAGAGAGGAACCGCAACUACCAGUUCAAGCGGCUGAAAUACUACUACGCCGUGGCCGAGUGCAACACUGCUGCCACCGCCGCCAAAAUCUACCAGGAGUGCGACGGCUUUGAGUAUGAGAGCAGCUGCUCCGUUCUCGACCUCAGGUUCAUUCCCGAUGACAUGACGUUCGAGGACUCUCCCAAAGACGUUGCAACUGAUGUCAACUUGGCGAUGUACACGCCAAAACUUUUCACUUCGGCAGCCAACGCCACCUCAAAGGUGGAGCUGACCUGGGAUGAGACGGACCAGGAGCGUGUGAGUGCCCUCAGCAGGAAGUUCAACAAAAGCGAGCUUCUGGACAUGGACUUCAACGCCUACCUGGCGUCCUCCAGCGAAGACGAUGAUGUUGAGGAAGACAAGGAGGAGGAAGGUGAGCAGGAAGAUGAGAAUCCGAAGAAGACGAGCAAGAGCCUGGACCAGAUGGGGAAAUACCAGCAGCUGCUGCGAGGACUCCAAGACAAAGAGAAGAAACGGCAGCAGGAGGACAAAAACAUGGAGAUGGAGAUCACAUGGGUUCCCGGCCUGAAGGAGGUGACAGAGCAGCUGGUGAAGAAAAAGCUGGAGCAGAAGGAGCAGCAGCUAACGCCUUGGGCGGACUUCAUGCAGAAGAAGAAAGACAAGAAAAAGAAGAAGAAGACUCAAAAGAAAGACGACAACAAGGACGACGAGCUGAGCGAUGACCAACUUCCUUCUGACGUAGACCUCGAUGACACGUUCUUCAGACAGGAACUUGCGGCCGUGGACAUGAAGACCAAAAGCAAAGACAAGAAAAAGAGGAAAAACCACGAUGAAGAGCGUACGGCAGACGACCAACAACACAUGGACAAAAACAAGGCUGAGAUGUCGCUGCUCAUGGAUGACGACGACGACGACAAGCACAAACACUUCAACUACGACAAGUUGGUCGAGGAGCAGAACCUGAGCAAGAAGAAGAAGAAGAAAAUGAUGAAGAAUGGACACGUGCCCCCCGAGGACCAAUUCCAGGUGGACGUGUCGGACCCUCGCUUCCAGGCCGUGUUCACGUCGCACCUGUUCAAUCUGGACCCGUCGCACCCGAGCUUCAAACGAACGCGAGCCACGCAGAGCAUCCUGGACGAGAAACGCCGGCGACGGCGACACGAAGAGGAACAGCGGCGUCUCGUGGAUGACGGCGUAGCUCAGUCGGAACCCGAGAAACGCGCCGACCGGGACGUUGCCCCCGAGACGUCGAUGGACGCUAGCUUGUCUUUGCUGGUCAAGUCCAUUAAGAGCAAGACGCACGACUUUCAAGCACGGAAGAAAGCAAAAGUACUUUGAACAUCAAACUUCACUUCCUGGAUGGGCACACAAACUUCAUAACGUUGACCUUUUUGAAUGGAGCUUGUCCAUUUCACCACUUCAGUCAUUCUAGAACAGUGUCUUUCAAACUUUUGACAAGUACCACCUAAAAAUAUGAUUAACCCUCCAACUACCACCAUCAUGACCAACAUACAGUAUAGGGUAGUAGGCCCAAGUGUUCAACAAAAACAAGGUGGUUUGAUUCCUAAAAAUUACAUGAUCAUUGUAAGCCACUGUAACAUUAUGCGGUUUGAACAUUAACACUGUGUUUAAGUAUAGGAAAAUACCCAAAAAAUGUUUGGAAUGCAAAUGUACUAAAAAGUUAAACGCAACUGACCUUUA